AGUGCAAACAGCCUCCAGCCCCCAGUGCUUAGUAAUUUAUUCCUGACCAGAUCUUAUCCUCUGCCGCGGGAGUUUGACCGGCGGGCCGGCUUCUGCUCCGCUCUUCUUCCCGCAGGCGGCAGCAGACAGCGAAUCGAAAGAGAGAGAGAGAGAUGGCGCUGAAGGUGUACGCCGAUCGGAUGUCGCAGCCAUCCCGCGCCAUCAUCAUCUUCUGCAAGGUAAACCGCAUCGAAUUCGAGGAGGUGAGGAUAGAUCUCUCCAGGGGCCAGCAUCGAUCGCCUCAAUUCAGAGAAAUAAAUCCGAUGGGACAAGUUCCGGCGAUUGUUGAUGGAAGAUUUAAAUUGUUUGAGAGUCAUGCCAUCUUGAGGUAUCUUGCUUGUGUAUUCCCAGGAGUUCCAGAUCACUGGUAUCCAGCUGAUUUAUUUAGUAGAGCCAAAAUUGACUCGAUCUUGGAUUGGCAUCAUUCCAACUUGCGUCGCGGUGCAGUGACCUUUGUUCUGAACAGUGCACUGGCUCCUGCUCUUGGUCUGCCACUAAAUCCACAAGCAGCAAGCGAAGCUGCACAAUUGCUGAGUUCAUCACUUUCAAGGAUUGAAUCCAUUUGGCUCAAAGGGAAUUCAAAGUUCUUAUUAGGCAAUUCUCAACCAUCUAUCGCAGACCUAAGCCUCGUCUGUGAGAUUAUGCAGCUGGAGGUUGUGGAUGAGAAAGAUCGCGAGAGAAUUUUGGGGCCUCAUGAGAAGAUACUGAAUUGGAUCGACAACGUCAAGAGAGCGACUAGCCCUCAUUUCGAGGAGGUCAGCGAGGUCUUAUACAAAGUCAAAGCACGGUUGCAAAGUAAGCCGGCUUCUUCGGCAAAUCAGAAUAUCCAGCUCAAUUUCAAGGCUAAAGCUUCGUCAAAGCUUUGAUCAGGCCGAAACCCGAAAUCUGUUGAAGUAUGCUACAGGAAUUCUUCUGAAGCCACAGGCAGGGUGGAUAUGGUGAAUAAAUUCAGUCCAGUGUAAAAUUGUUUAAAUAGUUUAAGUUGAUUGAUAUGUGAAACAUGGGUGUGGGUUUUUUUUGCUUUUGGAGGAGUUGGAACAAAGUUGUUUGUAAUAUCUUUACUCAUAGUUGGUCAGAUAAAACAUAUAGAGCUUUUGGCUGAAGGGAAAAGCCGAAAUAAGCUUCUAGAUCCAAAAGCAGCCGCUCUAAUUGUAGCUCAAGCAAAGUUUUAAACAGAUUUUGUGAAAAACUAUGCUCGAAAACAUUUCAAAGGGCUUAAUAAAAAGAUGUUAGUGCAUUGCUAUGCAGUAA